AUGCGUCUCCCCGCGGUGGGCUCCUGGGUGCCACGCUCACUCCCAGACAGCGUCACCUGGGCGUCCCACGGCGACUUCAAGGGCCGGGAGCCGUUCCCAGACGGGCAGGGGCUGCAGCUCCCUGGGCUGGGCAGCAGAGCCCCACCACUGGCGGCUCAGACGGCCGAUCUCAUCCCCACGGCGCGGCGCGGGGGCCAGAACCCCGGGUGGAGACGUCAGCAGAGCUGGUUCUCCCCAGAGGCUCUCAGGGUGGGUCUGCCUCUACCUCUCCCCCAGCCUCUGGUGGCCGCCACCAACCCAUGGAGCCCCUUGUCUGGGAGACACAGAGCUCCAGCCUCUGCCUUCCUGGCCACACGCUGCCCUGUGUCUGUCCGCUGGUGGGGACAUGGGCGGUGGCGGCUCGGAGCUCACCACGAGAACCUCAUCCUAACUGAAUCGCCAGAGCCUGGGGGGCACGAUUCACUCCAGUGCACCAGGGACGCAGGUGGACAAGACAGAGAUGGCGUGGCAGGGUGGGGUCAGGUCCUGCGCUGUGGCCCCAAGUCCAUGACAGAGGUCUGCCCAUCUCGCCAGGUGCUGCAGGCGAGAGCAGACGAGGAACAGGAGGAGGGCAGGCGGGAGGGACCCGGACGGCAGGAGUGGGAAGAAAUGAGCCCAGACCUCCCGCACCGGCAGUGUCUCCUCCAGGACGCCUUCUCAGCUGUGAGUGGGGAUGUCUCCCCUCUGCGGGCCGCCCCGCCCCGCCCCCGCCCUGCCCACCCCCUGCUCUCGCCCCCCCACUGCCCACCCCCUGCUCCCGCCCCCGCCCUGCCCACCCCCUGCUCCCGCUGUCCCAGAGCCCCUUCCCUGUCCCGGCGUCCCUGA